AUUGAAAUAUUUAUAGAAACAAAACUUCACUUGAAUAUUUAUUUACAAUUCUUAUUAUCGAAAGUAUAAAGUCACUAAAAAAUACAUAAAUGUUGUAUUUGUUGUAUAUAGAACAAAUAUAUGGUUAAUCUUAUUACCUGUUGUGAUAUGACCUAUCUCAUAUCCGUGAGGUGAAAAGGAAUCUUGCUACUAUGAGUUAGUUCCACUUUUAUACAACAGAAUUUAUUCAAUAAUUUUAUAGUAUCAGAAAUAAUUGAGAUGUCAAUAGUGAUUGAUCCAUCUUGCACUCAUAAGUACUGAAUGGAUGCAUAUGUAUUACUAAAAAAAUUGUAUAUUGAAGGUGUGGUUAGUAUCAUUAUUAAGGAAUUGUAAAAAAUUCAAAAUUCAAUACAAUGUAUUGUCAAAGAAUAAUUACAAAUACAUUCAGAUAUGCUCAAGCACGCAUAAAAUCUAAUUAUACUGCUGCAAAUAUUUGUCUGUUAAAUUUAAGGAAAGGUAUAUUUACAACAUAUUUGCCACAAAUUAAUAAAACAAAACAUUAUAAAAAUUAUAAUCAAAAAAAUUCAUCACAAAUUAAUUGUUUUAUUAUAUCAAGCAGUAUUUUAUUUAACUUAUUUGGUUCUAAGGAAGAAAAAGAUGAGGUUGAAGAAUUAAAAAUGACAAUCAAACGAUCAAUUUUAUUAAUUCAGAAAAAGGAAUUUGAAAAAGCAGAGCAAAUGCUACAUGUUGCUUUAAGGCAAGCACAAACUUUACAACAUUAUGAUGGUAUAACUUAUGUAUAUGAUGUAAUGGCAAAUUUAGCAUACGAUACAAAUCAUUUUAAAAAAGCAGAAAACUUAUUUGUGUCAGUUUUACAAAGAUUAAUAUCUAAGGGAGUUCCGGAAGAUGAUUUAGCAGUUAUACAUAUUAGUCUUAAAAUUGCUGACAUAAGCAGCAAAACAGGAGAUUUAGAAAAAGCAGAAAAAGGCUUCAAAUUUUGUUUGAAUAAUUUAAAAAAUCACUUAGCUAAAGAUAGUGAGAAUCAAGAUGUGUUACAAUUAUUAGGUGUAAAUUUAGAAUGGUAUGCAUCUAUGCUUUUCUCACACUCACAUUAUGUUGAAGCUCUUACAUAUUUUAAUCAAGCUUACCAAAUAUGCAUAAAAAUAAAUGGUGAAGAACACGAAGAGACUGUUAUUUUGCUGUGUAACUUAGGAAGUGUCAAUUACAUGUUACAAAAAUAUGACCAAGCUAUUGAAUAUUUAUCUAAAGCAUUAGAACUAGGAAAAAAGUUUCCAGACAUGGAUGAUUUAAGUUCUGUUCAUAUCAAUUUGGGAAAUGCAUUAUUUGCUAAAGGAUUACAUGAAGAAGCAAAAAAGAAUUGUAAUGAAGGAAAGAAAUUAGCAAAAGCUAAGAAGGACAAUGAAUCCGUAACAGAAGCAGAAAAAUGUCUUGAAAGAAUACAAAGUGUGAUGUCUUAGAAUCAAUUUAGGUACAUUAGCUAGUACCUAAAUUAGCCAGUACCAUUUAGAUACUAUAAAUUUGAUAUGUAAAUAUAUGUCCCGAGUUGAAUAAAAAUAACAACUAUUUUAUUUAUAAUAA